CCCUGCGCGGACCUCCGAGCAGAGGCGACAUCGGGCGGUGAGGCUGCCUGCCGGAGGGGCCCCGCGUGAGUUCGGGUGGUGAGUCAGGGCGCAUUAUGCAAGCCCGGCCGCCCCCCUCCCUCCCCGCCCCCGGCACCUCCCCGCGGUCUUUCACCCCGCGUGGUUACGAAAGUUGCGACCCCCUCCCCCCGGAGCUAUAAAGCACGGAGCAGCCGCUCGCCUCCCUGGCUCCACGCGCGCGCGAACGCGGCGGCCAGGCUUGCACGUGGCUCCUGCCGGGCGGACUCCUGGGCGAGAUGGAGUGGGUGUGGGCGCUUGUGCUUCUGGCGGCGCUGGGAGGCGGCAGCGCCGAGCGCGACUGCAGGGUGAGCAGCUUCCGAGUCAAGGAGAACUUCGACAAAGCUCGUUUCUCCGGGUUAUGGUACGCCAUCGCCAAAAAGGACCCCGAGGGUCUCUUUUUGCAAGACAACAUCAUCGCUGAGUUUUCCGUGGACGAGAAGGGUCAUAUGAGCGCCACAGCCAAGGGCCGAGUCCGACUUCUGAGCAACUGGGAAGUGUGUGCAGACAUGGUGGGCACUUUCACAGACACCGAAGAUCCUGCCAAGUUCAAGAUGAAGUACUGGGGUGUAGCCUCCUUUCUCCAGCGAGGAAACGAUGACCACUGGAUCAUCGACACGGACUAUGACACCUUCGCGCUGCAGUACUCCUGCCGCCUACAGAACCUGGACGGCACCUGUGCCGACAGCUACUCCUUCGUGUUUUCCCGUGACCCCAAUGGCCUGAGCCCGGAGACGCGGAGGCUGGUGAGACAGCGGCAGGAGGAACUGUGCCUAGAAAGGCAGUACCGGUGGAUCGAGCACAAUGGCUACUGCCAAAGCAGACCCUCGAGAAACAGCUUGUAGCGUCGUCAAGGAUGCGAAGUUUCAUUUGAUGAGCUCUCAUCCAGUCUUCAUCUCUAUUUAUCUUACAAGUUUAGUCCCCACCUCUCCUUACCUUCUCUAGGUGGACAUGAAACUGUCAUCGGUGGGAUAAAAAUGUGCAUGGGAAUGACCGAAUCUGUUCACACAAAUGUGUAUCUUACUGAAGUUCCCACAGAAACCAUCUGAGGCUUGGGAUUCUAGACUCGAUUUAUUAAACAUAUAGUCACCAUCUU